AUGGUACAAAGUCGUUGGAAGUUCCUCACUCUACUGGUAUUGAUUGGUGGAUUCGUUCUUCACGCAGAAGCCGGUGACAGUGACCUCAAUGAGGUGCGCAUUGGAUUCGGUACGUCGUUCAGUGCGCGGCGCGAUGUACGGUUUCAUCUUUACACACCGCUAAACCGUGCGGACGCCCAUGUGUUCUCGAUCGACACGGUGGACACGCUGAUGCGUUCGUUCUACAACGCUAGCCAUCCGGUCCGAAUAAUUAUCCACGGAUGGUUUAACAAUGCUACCUCGUUGGUGAUACAGGGCAUAAAGGAUGCGUACCUAGAUGUGGACAGUUACAACGUGAUCGGUGUCGAUUGGGGUGUUGGUGCGAGUGAAUCGUAUUUCCGUGCCGCACAGUACACGAUCGCUGUCGGUUUGGUGGUAGCGGAUCUGGUCAAUCAGCUCGUACGCUCGCACAUGACGGACGUGGGCAGACUCUACCUGGUAGGCCACAGCCUGGGUGCGCACAUUGCGGGUAAUGCGGGCCACUCGCUCAAAACGCAACACCUGCCGGUGAUCUACGGGCUGGAUCCGGCGUCGAUAAACUUCUUCCAGGACGAGCCGGACUCGCGGCUCAGCCCCGACGAUGCCGCAUACGUGGAAGUCAUCCACACCAACACACAGUUCUCCGGAUAUCCGGCACCGCUCGGGCAUGCGGAUUUCUACAUGAACUACGGCCGCAAGCAACCGGGCUGCAAAACGGACGUCUGCAGCCAUGGACGCUCGACCGAGUACUUCAUCGAAUCGCUGGCGCACACAACGAAAGGGUUCUGGGGCGUCCGGUGUGCCGAUUACAACGAGAUCCGGCAGCGGACCUGCUACAACAUCAAGCAGCAAACGUUGAUGGGUGGUGAAUUUUGGCAGAAAAACGCUACCGUCGGCGUGUACACGGUCGAAACGCUGGCCGAGCCACCGUACGCGAUGGGUUACGUUCACUGA